AUUUCCAAACCGAAAGCUCUACCAAAGUUGAAGAAAGCUAGCUUUUUGCAGUGCAUUGCAUUCAGAGCUUCACAGAAAACCCACUUCUCCCUAUCCAAAAAUCACAUAUUCAGUUCAGAAUCACGAGCACCAUUAAAGCCACUUGAGGGUUUUUGAACCCAUCACAGAAAGGAGCUUCCUUUGGGUGGUUUGAGCUUUCCAAGUUUGAGCAUGGCUGCCAAGGAAUCAAGCUCUGCUGCUUCAGCAGGAGAUUGUAAAAUCAAAAGGGUGCUCACACAUAAUGGUAGAUAUGCGCAGUACAAUGUGUUUGGGAACUUGUUUGAGGUCUCUAGCAAGUAUGUCCCGCCAAUUAGGCCAAUUGGUAGAGGUGCUUAUGGCAUUGUUUGUGCUGCUGUGAAUUCAGACACACAUGAGGAAGUUGCCAUUAAGAAGAUCGGAAAUGCUUUUGACAACAUAAUAGAUGCCAAGAGGACGUUAAGAGAAAUCAAGCUUCUUCGCCAUAUGAACCAUGAAAAUGUUAUCGGCCUCAAGGACAUCGUACGACCGCCCAAAAAAGACACCUUCAAUGAUGUAUACAUUGUUUAUGAGUUAAUGGACACUGAUCUACAUCAGAUCAUUCGUUCUGACCAACAACUAACAGAUGAUCAUUAUCAGUACUUUCUGUAUCAGCUGUUAAGAGGACUAAAAUAUGUUCACUCUGCCAAUGUGUUGCACCGGGAUCUGAAGCCAAGUAAUUUGCUUCUUAAUGCUAAUUGCGACCUUAAGAUCGGAGAUUUUGGACUAGCAAGAACAACAUCCGAGACGGAUUUCAUGACCGAAUAUGUUGUUACUCGUUGGUACCGAGCACCUGAGUUGCUUCUUAAUUGUUCAGAGUACAGUGCUGCGAUUGAUAUAUGGUCUGUUGGUUGCAUACUUGGUGAAAUCAUAACCAGAGAACCUCUUUUUCCUGGGAAGGAUUAUGUUCAUCAGCUGAGGCUUAUCACAGAGCUAAUAGGUUCACCCGAUGAUGCAAGUCUUGGAUUUCUUCGAAGUGAUAAUACCCGCAGAUAUGUAAAACAGCUCCCACAAAUCCGGAGGCAACAGUUCUCUGCUAGAUUCCCUAAUAUGUCGCCUGGAGCUCUGGAUUUGCUAGAGAAAAUGCUCGUCUUUGAUCCCACCAGACGCAUUACUGUUGGCGAGGCACUUUGUCACCCGUACUUGUCGUCCCUUCACGACAACAAUGAUGAACCUAUUUGCCCCAGGCCUUUCCAUUUUGAUUUUGAGCAACCAUCAUGCACUGAAGAGCACAUCAAAGAGCUCAUCUGGAGGGAAGCAGUGAAGUAUAAUCCAGAGCCAACUCACUAAAGGGCAUGCUUUUCUAGGUCUGUAGAUACAUAUUAUGAACGAGUCCCACUGUAACAAUGUAUCAUCAAUCACAUUUGGAUGAAUAGCUAUAAAGGUUGUGUACCAGUAACUUGAGUUCAACUGAUGUAUAAGGAGCUGAAUUACUCGAGAAGGCCCCACCAUGGUUAUUGUCAUGCUUUGACACGAGCUUUCAAAACUCUAGAGCAUAGUAGAAG